GGACAUUAGCCCUUUUACAUGAAUUAACUUUUGGACAUUGGCCUUAAUUAAUUAUUAUGCUGCACAUGUUUUAACCUCAAAUUUUAGUGUAACGGUAUUCUUUUUGUGGUGUUGUUUAUGAACAAUAAAAAUGAAUAAAAGGACGCUUCAAAUUCUGAGAAACUGCGGACUCGCAUCUCAAAAUUCUGAUAAUGUUGAUAAGAAACAGAGAAGUGAGUCAACAUUACCUACAAGUUCAAUAGCUGAUAAUAACUGUUAUUGUUCACCUGAAAUGUCAUUACAACCUUUAACUCCUAUUGUAUCCAAUGAGAUCCAACUGAUUGAGGAUAACGAUUCGAAUAAUUACGCAACUUUGCAGAACAUUACGAUUGAAACUAAUGCGACCAAUCUCGAACCAGGGGAAUUUAUUACUGACAACGAUGAUGAUUCAUAUGUAGAUCCUGAUUACUCACCCUCCGAUGCUUCUGAUAUUGAUGAUGGGAUCGACAGUAACAUGAACUCGUAUCCAGUUACAGCAGAUUUNGGGAAUGUGUGGUUGGUGAGUUUUUCUAACCAUUCUCUUAAGUGUUUUCAUGUAAUUUUCGAAGGGGAAUGCACUAAAGUUAUCAAGUGGGCCAAACCGAUUCCUGUCAUCCACCAAAUGCAAAAGACAGUGUACAUUAUGUGA